AUGGCCGUUACUUUUGACAUCUCGCCUGAAAAAGAAGCAGGCGUCCUGCGCCUGUUCCACAGCCAAUUGUUCGUCACGCCCCCUCCCCUCACCCGCCGCGAUGUCGACCUAAGCGGUAAAACAGCCAUCGUUACCGGCGCCAAUGGCGGCUUGGGGUUGGAAACUGCGCACCAGCUUCUGGAUUUAGGAUGCAAGGUUAUUCUUGCUGUGCGGAGGGUAGAGCGAGGUGAAGCCGCGCGUCAGAAGCUGCUUGAGGGCCGGGAUGCACAAGCUACCGAGAUCGAGGUGUGGCCUCUGGACCUCUCAUCCUAUGAGUCUGUUGUAGGAUUUGCGGAGCGCGCGAAGACCCUGUCCCGGCUCGAUAUUGCGAUCCUCAAUGCUGGUCUCUACAAAGUCAAUCAAACUAUGACCGCCAGCACGGGCUACGAAGAAAGUAUUCACGUCAACUAUCUCGCCAAUGCCCUCCUUAUCACUCUGCUAGCGCCAAUUUUCAAGAAUAAAAAGACCGGAAACACUCCCGGACGAAUCGUGCUGGUAUCCUCAGACUUGGCGGCCUGGGCCAAGUUCAAGGAGAGAAAGUCCAAUCCCAUCCUUCCAACAUUCAAGCAAAAAAUGACCCCGAAGUGGGAUUACCUCGAGCGCUAUGGUACAUCCAAGGUUCUUGGCCAAUUCUUUGUAACAGAAUUGGCGAAACGAGUGUCGCCGGAUGCCGUCCUCGUCACGACCACCAACUGCGGUUUGUGUCAUGGCUCGGAACUUUCGCGUGAGGGACAAGGCCAUCUCAUAGGCUAUGUUUUUAAUGUGGUUAGUCGUUUGUUUGGGCGUUCUUGCUCUGUUGGUGCCCGUGUAUUCGUUCACGCGGCUGCAAAUCCUGUCUUGGGUGCGAGCGUACAUGGGCAGUAUGUGGAGGAUGCAAAGCUGAAACCAAUGUCACCAUUGAUAUACAAGCCUGGAGAUUUGCAGUUAGGUUCGAAACUGUGGGAAGAGACCAUGGAUGAGCUUUCAUUUGCGGGAGCCAGGGAGAUUAUUGAUAGCCUCACCAAGUAA